AUGACUUCAUGGGUCUCAGAAGAACCUCAGGCGCCCCGGGACCCACAUAUCAGGCCAGUGGAGCGUGUAGGCACAGUGGGAGAGCGGAGUGGGAAAGGGCCCUCAAGGCAUUGUAACAAACUGGUCAGUUGCAUCAAAGCAAAGAGAACCAGGUCAUGCAGUGUUUAUUACCAGCAGGUUAUUGGUUCUCCUGGAUAAGAAGAAUUGUGUUCCACGGCUUUUGAGCACAACCUAGAAAUGCUUCCUUGAUUUCUCAAACACUAGAUGCACAAUUGUGAAGAAUCAUCAUACACACAUACUGUAGACAUACAUAUGUUUGCACACAGAAUUAUGAGCAUGUAUGCCAAAUAUAUUGUACUAUUUUACUGCUAUAGAAUGUGUAGAGGCUAAUGAAUGGAGCCAUGUGUGAUCAGAAAGCCUCAUGGCUGGUGAAGCAGCCCUCGUGCAGGAGAUGAUCCAGUGUGAGUGUGUGUCGUUUCCAUGGUGCAUACAUGUGCUGUGGAGCAUUGCAGAGUUCUCUUGAGAGAUACGUGUGCGUUUGGAAUAUCAUGAAAGAUUCUGCAGUAAGGGAGGGUCUUAGAAGAGUUCAUCACUCCACAUUAUUUCAUUUAUUCACUAUUCAUACACAUGAUCCUAUUCGGAAUAUCUAUUUUAGAGACCUGUCUCAAGACAAACUAAAUACAUAAAUUAAAUAAUCCAGAAGCACAAUUAGUGGAGCUGAAAUAGUAUUCAGAGUAAAUGAAAGUACACAUGAUCUAAGGGGAGGGGGUGAAGCAGACAGUAAUUAUGCUGGUUGUGUAAUUGCAGUGCUAUACUUAACUUACAUACUAAGAGAGUCUGGGUUGGAUACUGUUCCCUGGGUUUAGUUCUUAUGCUGUAUGCAUUUCUUUCCAAAGUGUGCUAACACAUUUUACAGUAUUUCCUCUGGUAUGUACCUGAUAUUCAAUGGGAAAUUGUUGAAUCAGAUUGAGCCAAGUGGUGCUUAUUUUAUUCAAUCCCGAAGAAACAAACAAGUAAUUAAUAGGUUAACUGUGUAAUUACCAUUUCACCAUGUCAUUACUAAGUAAAUACCAAGUUAUUUCUGUAGUGUAAAAUAAAGUGCUACAUCGUGGUAUAGGGUGUGUCCUCUUUCACACUGCUGGUAUGUGUGACUCUACUGAGGUCACCCGGUUUGGCUGACGAUUGUCUGGUCCAGUUACCCUCAUCCAGGCGGGAUACUGUAUAGUGAAUGAGGACCUGAAAACCUCCAUAUACAGCUGCCAAAAUAUCAGCAUGUUGUUUUGUUUGUUUGUUUACCAUCAAUCAUUUUUGAUACACAUGUGUAAUAUUAUCACUCUAUUUAUUAGAUUUGUUUUGUGAAUAAACUGUUAAUGUCCAUCUUAAAUGAUGACUUCCAGAUGAUGUUGGUACGGUAUGGUACAUACUGAUGUGGUAAUGAUGCGUUAUGAAACCUAUUGGACAGCAUUGUUAUUCUAUCAUAUAAACAUCAUUAGACUAGUGUUCCAUUUAAGUAAAAAUCUGAUAACACUCAGUAGAUUUGAAUAAAUGAUUUUAUUCUGAUUAAAACAGGGUUAGGCAAUAAGGCAGCUCAGACAGGAUAAACAGAUAAGCUGGUUGUUCCAGUUGUUGAGGGAUUUUGGACACAGCUUUUCCUCACCAUUCCCACAAUGCACCAGCAAAUCAUGCAUAAUUGUGUGUGCGAUGAAGGUGGCUGACCCAAGACGUGAGGGAGGGGGGAUGGAAAGAACAAAGGGAUUGAGAGAGAGGCGAGAGCAUGUGAAAACAAGCCUGUGAUCAAAAUAAUGCUGUCCAGUUUUUUUUUUAAAUGCCAAGUUUAUCAUUUCUCAUCGCCCCCUUACAUUUCACACAUUCUGCUGAGGCAGAGCGAAGCAUCUUUAAAUGCUACAGAGGAGGAGAGAGGGAGGCGGGAUGGAGAGAGGGAGGAGGGAUGGAGAGAGGGAGGAGGAGGAGAGGCGACAGGCAGAGGAAGGGGGAGGGAUUGUGGUUGCGUCUGGUGCUAUUGUCAUUCUGCUGUUGCGCGCUUCAGCGGCAGGAGGCUCUGCUGAAAGUAGAAAACAGAGCCACGGAGGACAGAGAGAGAGAGAGAGAGAGAGAGAGAGAGAGAGAGAGAGAGAGAGGGGGGGACAGGGAUAGAAAGGAGAGAAAGGAAGGGAGAGCCUACAGCCUGUCAGGAGGACAGAGAGAGGCAGAGGGAAUGAGGAGAGGAAAAAAUGAAUAAUCUGUCUGCAAAGAAGACCAAAGAUCCAAGGACUGUGCCUUGUUAGCUUUUUUCAGUUUUCUCCUGAAAGGAUAAGGGGGCUGAGAGGAAGACUAUUGUUCUCUCCUUACUGAUGCUUUUCUCAAUGCUCUCAUGCAGGAGGCAUGCUCAGAAGUAGUGUGAAAGGAGGCAGAGAAGGCGAUUUAAAGAUGGAACGGGCGGAAAGCACCAAAACGUACGGCCAAGCCGAGGGCAAAGCUGUUGGCAUGGCAGCCAAGAGGGGUAAGUCGGGGGUGCCCCAUAGCGCCCAGCGAGGGGAACUGAGGGUAUACCGUGCAGGUAGCUCUGAGGGGCGGCUGCCAGUGUCCUCCAACCUCCGCAAGCAGAGGUCCAUGACCAACCUGGCCGUGCUCACUGAUGCAGAGAAGAAGAUACACCUCUACGAGCCCAAGUGGUGUGAUGACAUGGCUAAACCUGGAGCAGGGCCCCUCAAGGCAGGCAAGCCCAAGCUGGCAGGAGGGGGUGGCGGUGGUGGACGAGGGGGCACGCCGCUCUCACGCAACCUCUCCAAGUCAGAGCACUCUCUCUUCCAGGGCAAACCCAAACCCUUCAGCCCAUUGGCGGCUCCUUCUGGUCUAGUCAGACCCGGUCAGAGCCGGAUCCCCCGGGCGCCAUAUGCAGAGGUGAAGCCCCUGAGUAAGGCCCCUGAGGACGGCAAAUCUGAUGAUGAGAUCCUCUCCAGCAAGGCCAAGGCUGCCAGCAAGAAGCAGGCAGUGGGAGCUUCUGUGGAGGCAGGGGCCAAGGGCCAAGGGGAUGGGAGCCAAUCCUCCUUCCUCAAGGUGGAUCCAGAGCUGGUAGUGACUGUCCUGGGUGACCUGGAACAGCUUCUCUUCAGCCAGAUGCUGGGUGAGUAAAAACAACUAUUUUCCCUCCUGCAGACCUCAACCUGCCUGUCGAGCCUGGCUGUGUGUCUGUUACUCUCUACCGCACAAAAAAAAAAAAACUCUCCUCUCGACGCCUCUCCCCAUCAGCACACCCCCUUACUACAGCUGUCACUAACACCUGCUUGCUACUGCAGUCCUCAUUGUCCAUGAAUGGAGCUAAUCUUGCUGGGCAUCGAUUGAGAUUAACUCCAGGGGUUUUAUACCGUCUCUCAGAGUUCAUAUCGCAUGCACUUGAAAAGCUAUCUCUUGAAUACUGCCCCAGCUUUGGCAUUUUGUUUUAAAGCUGUAUCCUGAUUAUUGUGAAGCAGGGUUUUUGAUCAGUCACAGCAGGUGGUGGUGGACAAUGCCUCCAUUGUUUGCAAUGCAUUUAGGUUAUUCUUUCUAAUAUCCUACUGGCUGCUCUCUGGCGUAUAAAGCAUUAUGUCAUUGAUUGUGUGUAUAAGGUUGUUUCCUGAGCUCUAUUCCAUCUCGGCUCUAGUCUGCUGCAGUGGGUUGACCAACCAGCUAGGCCCUCAGUGAUCCUGUAUCUGUAUGCUCCAUGCAGAGAUAUCUGUGAAUGGUUCCAGAAAAUAGGACCUGGGAAAUAAACUGAGACAUAUUGAAUUGAUUUUCAGCCCACUGUGAGACACAUAUUUAGCCUCCUUCCAGCCCCAUUCAUCCGUGGCCAUUGACAGAUGGUGCCCACACUGUCUACUAUGGGAAGUAAAAUGGCCAGGACUGGCUGGGCUUCUCUCUCUCUCUCUCUCUCUCUCUCUCUCUCUCUCUCUCUCUCUCUCUCUCUCUCUCUCUCUCUCUCUCUCUCUCUCUCUCUCUCUCUCUCUCUCGCUCUCUCUGUUAGUAGUAGUCUAGGUAUCUCAGUAAAACUAUAAGCUCUUUGUUUCCAACCAGGUGGAUAAAGAAGAUAGAGUAGCAUGAUAUAAUGUAUAGAUGUCAUUGACUGAAUACAGCACAUUCUGAACAGAAUAUCUCUCUUUUUCUGAAACAUGCAGUACAGUGUAAUGUUUCUGACAGGUUUUACACUGACCAGAGGUAUAGGUUGAUCACUGGAUUGCUUCCUGUGAAAUCUCUUUAUUGGCCUCUGGCUAUGCAUCUCAUUAUCCAAAAUGAAUGCAUUAGAUUAGUGUGUUUGGUUAAUUGGUUAAUUGGCUUUGACGUUGAUCAGAAACAAGAGCACUUUAGAUCAGCUUUAGAUUAAGACCAAGAACCAAAUAUCCAACCCAAACCUUGUUGUCUUUCUCUGACUGUCAUACAUGGCUGUCAUAUAUCCCACUGUACUCCAGUUUGUGAAUCAGCUGCUGAGUUGGUGACCUUAAUUUCAAUUAUGCCCCUGGCUUUAUUAGAUUGCCAAUUUCAAGUCCCAGACCCCAAGGGUCCAGGGUUCCAGUCUAGAAGCACAGUUUCUACUGCUCCUACAGUCUUGCUUCGGUACUGCAAUUUAACUGACACCCGGCCCAGAAUGACAAUUUCUAUAGACGGCCACAUAGAGUACCACAGUAUGAGUCAAAAUACCCAUAAAGCAGUCAAACAAGGAAAUGGUUCCAAUCAUUUUUCCACCAUUCAUUUAUCCCAUAAGGGAUUUUAGAAUUUGUUUCGUGUAGACUUACCCUGGCGUGACGUUUUGAUAACCGUUUAUGUCUCUCUAGGACAAGGUGAGCUUUAUCAAUAUAUUUGCCUGUAUUUACCCCCUAAAAAUUAAAUGCUAAUUAGCUGCUAUGUGGCUUUUAUAAAGAACUACAAAUGCCAUGAUGAUCUGGACGAGACUCCCGAAUCGAGGCAAAGGUAAAAAUCUCUGUAUUAACUAUUUAAUGUUAGCUAAAUGUGGUAAUUAAUAAAUUGGCUACAUUUCUUCAAAUGGACAAUUCUGUGAACUGUCUUGUGCAAGUUUAAAAUGUACACAAUACCUGUUAGCAAAGGUGUCAGCAAGAGAUGACAUGCAGAAGCUUGCAGGGAUUUGUAGUUUUGCAUGAUGUCUACUUUGAUGCUAAUUAGCAUUUUCGAAUCUGAGAGUAAAUAGAGACAAAUAUAUUGAAAAAAGUCACCUAGUCCGAGAGAGAUUUACAUGGUUAUCAAAACGUCAUGCCAGGGUAAGCCUACAUGAAACAGAGCCCUUAUUUUAAGUGUUUCCUAAAUCCCCUAUGGGAAAAAUGAUUGGUAGAAAAAUGAUUGGAACCAUUUCCCUGUUUGACCGCUAGGUUUUAUGGGUAUUAUGACACCUCCACUGUGGGGCUCUAUAGAGAAAUCAGAUUAGACCAUUCCUAACUAAUAAGAAAGACACUUCAGUCAUCACCUUUGUGCACAAAACAUCCAUUGAAUUAUUCAAAUAAUUGUCGCUGAGGCUGAUUUAAAAAAAAAUCACUCACAGCCAAAUAUAUAAACAUUUUAUAUUAAUCAAAUGUCUGCCAUGUUUUUGGAUGACGUAAUGACACCAUCGCUGCUCGCGCUGAUCCCUGUACGCACUGAGUGCUAAUGCUCAUGUGAAGUUGGGCCAUGUAAACCGGAUGCAACCCGGAUAUACAGUCGUGGUCAAAAGUUUUGAGAAUGACAAAAAUAUUAAUUUUCACAAAGUCUGCUGCCUCAUUUUUUAUGAUGGCAAUUUGCAAAUACUCCAGAAUGUUAUGAAGAGUGAUCAGAUGAAUUCCCUCUUCCCCAAGUCCCUUUUGCCAUGAAAAUGUACUUAAUCCCAAAAGACAUUUCCACUGCAUUUCAGCCAUGCCACAAAAGGACCAGCUGACAUCAUGUCAGUGAUUCUCUCGUUAACACAGGUGAUAAUGUUGAUGAGCUUUAAAAGGAGGGUGGUGCUUUAAAUCAUUGUUCUUCCUCAGUUAACCAUGGUUACCUUCAAGGAAACUGUGAGAGUGUGAUUUAAAGGAGUCAGGCGCAGGAGGGUAAAUCACCGAAUACAGAGUUUAUUCUGUAGGACACAGUUCAGCUGGAUAGCGUCAACAAAAUACAGGCACACGGGGAACAAUAUCCCCGGAAAUACAAGGUACGGGUAGCUCAACCGAGCUACACUCAAUUCACAAAUAACAAUCACCCACAAGGACAAGGGGGGCAGAGGGAACACUUAUACAUGUACUAAUGAGGGGAUAUGAACCAGGUGUGUGUAAUUGACAAGACAAGACAAAUGGAAUGAUGAGAUAUGGAGCGGCAGAGGCUAGUAGGCCGGUGACGACGAACGCCGAAGCCUGCCCGAACAAGGAGGGGAGGCAGCCUCGGCGGAAGCCGUGACAGAAAUACGUGCCGUCAUCAUUGCUUUGCACAAAAAGGGCUUCACAGGCAAGGAUAUUGCUGCUAGUAAGAUUGCACCUAAAUCAACCAUUUAUCGGAUCAUCAAGAACUUCAAGGAGAGAUUGUUGUGAAGAAGGCUUCAGGGCGCCCAAGAAAGUCCAGCAAGUGCCAGGACCAUCUCCUAAAGUUGAUUCAGCUGCGGGAUCGGGGCACCACCAGUGCAGAGCUUGCUCAGGAAUGGCAGCAGGCAGGUGUGAGUGCAUCUGCACGCACAGUGAGGUGAAGACUUUUGGAGGAUGGCCUGGUGUCAAGAAGGGCAGCGAGGAAGCCACUUCUCUCCAGGAAAAACAUCAGGGACAGACUGAUAUUCUGCAAAAGGUACAGGGAUUGGACUGCUGAGGACUGGGGUAAAGUCAUUUUCUCUGAUGAAUCCCCUUUCUGAUUGUUUGGGGAAUCUGGAAAAAAGCUUGUCCGGAGAAGACAAGGUGAGCGCUACCAUCAGUCCUGUGUCAUGCCAACAGUAAAGCAUCCUGAGACCAUUCAUGUGUGGGGUUACUUCUCAGCCAAGGGAGUGGGCUCACUCACAAUGUUGCCUAAGAACACAGCCAUGAAUAAAGAAUGGUACCAACACAUCCUCCGAGAGCCACUUCUCCCAACCAUCCAAGAACAGUUUGGUGACGAACAAUGCCUUUUCCAGCAUGAUGGAGCACCUUGCCAUAAGGCAAAAGUGAUAACUAAGUGGCUCGUGGAAACUCCCCAGACCUUAAUCCCAUUGAGAACUUGUGGUCAAUCCUCAAGAGGCGGAUGGACAAACAAAACCCCACAAAUUCUGACAAACUCCAAGCAUUGAUUAUGCAAGAAUGGGCUGCCAUCAGUCAGGAUGAUGCCCAGAAGUUAAUUGACAGCAUGCCAGGGCGGAUUGCAGAGGUCUUGAAAAAGAAGGGUCAACACUGCAACUAUUGACUCUUUGCAUAAACGUAAUAUAAUUGUCAAUAAAAGCCUUUGACACUUAUGGAAUGCUUGUAAUUAUACCUCAGUAUACCAAAAAUAUCUAAAAACACUGAAGCAGCAAACUUUGUGAAGACCAAUACUUGUGUCAUUCUCAAAACUUUUGACCACGACUGUAGACGGCCCAUGAAUCGGCUUAUGCGAACGUGAAGAGAUUACGUUGAAAACAAUGGUCAGACAUCUUGGAUGCAGAUACCUCAGUGCCAGACCCUCACUGUUGUUUCAUAGGAUGCUCAUUUGGGGUGUAUUUUUCUCUGCAGGCUCCUGAAAGGGUCAGCUCUCCUCUGGUCCACUCUAACAACAACAUGUUGUGACGGACAGUAAUUGAAGGUGGGACUGCAUGGUUUGAGAACUUUAGGCCACUGGAGAUCAAAUCAAAUCCACAUUUAUUUGUCACAUGCAGGUGUAGACCUUACCGUGAGAAAUGCUUACUUACAAGCCCUUAACCAACAAUGCAGCUCAAGAAAGAGUUAAGCAAAUAUUUACCAAAUAAAUUAUAAAAAAGCAACACAAUAAAAUAACAAUAACGAGGCUAUAUACAGGUGGCGCCAGUACUGAGUCAAUGUGCAGGGGUACAGGUUAGUCGAGGUAAUUUGUACAUGUAGGUAGGGGUAAAGUAAAUAUGCAUCGAUAAUAGACAGUGGGUAGCAGCAGUGUAAAAACAAAUGGAGGGGGGGGGGGGGGGGGUCAAUGUAAAUAGUCCGGGUGGCCAUUUGAUUAAUUUUUCAGCAGUCUUAUGGCUUGGGGGUAGAAGCUGUUAAGGAGCCUUUAGACUUGCCGCUCCAGUACCGCUUGCCGUGCGGUAGCAGAGAGAACAGUCUAUGACUUGGGUGACUGGAGUCUUUUACAAUUUUCUGGGCUUUCCUCUGACACCGCCUAUCAUAUAGGUCCUGGAUGGCAGUAAGCUUGGCCCCAGUGAUGUACUGGGCCGUACGAUCUACCCUCUGUACCACCUUAGGGUCAGAUGCCGAGCAGUUGCCAUACCAGGCGGUGAUGCAACUGGUCAGGAUGCUCUCGAUGGUGCAGCUGUAGAACUCUUGGAGGAUCUGGGGACCCAUGCCAAAUCUUUUCAGUCUCCUGAGGGGGAAAAUGUGUUGUCGUGCCCUCUUCAGGACUGUCUUGGUGUGUUUGGACCAUGAUAGUUUGUUGGUGAUGUGGACACCAAGGAACUUGAAACUCUCGACCCACUCCACUACAGCCCCGUCGAUAUUAAUAGGGGCCUGUUCUUGUAGUCCAUGAUCAGCUCCUUUGUCUUGCUCACACUGAGGGAGAGGUUGUUGUCCUGGCACCACACUGCCAGGUCUCUGACCUCCUCCCUAAAGGCUGUCUCAUUAUUGUCAGUGAUCAGGCCUACCACUAAUGUGUCAUCAUGUUUGGCCACGCAGUCGUGGGUGAACAGGGAGUACAGCAGGGGACUAAGCACGCACCCCUGAGGGGGCCCAGUGUUGAGGAUGCGUGGCAGACGUGUUGUUGCCUACCCUUACCACCUGGGGGCAGCCCGUCAGGAAGUCCAGGAUCCAGUUGCAGAGGGAGGUAUUUAGUCCCAGGGUCCUUAGCUUAGUGAUGAGCAUUGUGGGCACUAUGGUGUUGAUCGCUGAGCUGUAGUCAAUGAACAGCAUUCUCACAUAGGUGUUCCUUUUGUCCAGGUGGGAAAGGGCAGUGUGGAGCGCAAUUGAGAUUACGUCAUCUUUGGAUCUGUUGGGGCAAUAUGCAAAUUGGAGUGAGUCUAGGGUAUCAGGGAUGAUGCUGUUGAUGUGAGCCAUGACCAGCCUUUCAAAGAACUUCAUGGCUACCGACGUGAGCGCUACGGGGCGGUAAUCAUGUAGGCAGGUUACCUUCGCUUUCUUGGGCACAGGGACUAUGGUGGUCUGCUUGAAACAUGUAGGUAUUACAGACUCCAUCAGGGAGAGAUUGAAAACGUCAGUGAAGACACUUGCCAGUUGGUCCACGCAUGCUUUGAGUACACAUCCUGGUAAUCCGUCUGGCCCGCGGCUUUGUGAAUGUUGACCUGUUUAAAGGUCUUGCUCACAUCGGCUACCAAGAGCGUUAUCACACAGUCGUCCAGAUCAGCUGGUGCUCUCAUGUUGCUUGCCUCAAAGUGACCAUAAAAGGCAUUUAGCUCGUCUGGUAGGCUUGCAUCACUGGGCAGGUCGCGGCUGGGUUUCCCUUUGUAGACCCUAAUAGUUUUCAAGCCCUGCCACAUCCGACGAGCAUCAGAGCCGGUGUAGUAGGAUUCAAUCUUAAUCCUGUAUUGACGCUUUGCCUGUUUGAUGGUUCGUCCGGAUUAGUGUCCCGCUCCUUGAAAGCGACAGCUCUAGCCUUUAGCUCGAUGCGGAUGUUGCCUGUAAUCCAUGGCUUCUGGUUGGGAUAUGUACGUACGGUCACUGUGGGGAUGACGUCGUCGAUGCACGUAUUGAUGAAGCCGAUGACUGAGGUGGUAUACUCCUCAAUGCCAUUGGAUGAAUCCCGGAACAUGUUCCAGUCUGUGCUAGCAAAACAGUCCUGUAGCGUAGCAUCCGCGUCAUCUGACCACUUCCGUAUUGAGCGAGUCACUGGUACUUCCUGCUUUAGUAGUUGCUUGUAAGCAGGAAUCAGGAGGAUAGAAUUAUGGUUAGAUUUGCCAAAUGGAGGGCGAGGUUGCUCCAAAGGGUAAUGUUAAUGAGCUCUGUCCUGAAUCAUAUAGCCUAGAGACAAACAAGACAAUUGUUGAAUCCAAUAAUCAUACUUGCUGUUUAGAAUCGCUUAAUUUUUAUAGUAUUUCAAUAUGCACCUGAAUGGCCGUUAUUGAUAUCAAGAGGUUUUAUGAACAAGCCAGUCAUAAGCAUUCCAGCUAGCCAAAAUAGAGAUAUAUUUUGUUGACGUCCCCUAUCUCAACUUAAUGGAUACAUAUUUACUGAUCUGACUUGUUGGUCAUGCUUCAUUCGUUUAUAUGACGGGAGGUCGACCUCUCAUGCUUGUCACGCUUAGAGCCAAGUAAACAGUGUCAGUAAACAAUCACACUGUGAACAUUGUGAGUCCAUUGUGUGCGUAUGUGUGUUUACAUGCUUGCAUUUGGUUGCAUAGCAACCACUAGAGACAUAUUUUUUUUAAUGUACUCAAUUCUCAUCCUCCUAGAUUUUCUAAGGAAUGGAGAUUUUAGUUUAAAUCUAUUUAAGUAAUUAUUUUAUAAUGAGGAAAUGUCACUUAAAACAUCUGCUUAAUGAAUUAUUUAUUAUUUUAUAGGAUGAUCCCUCAUGAGACAGCAUUGCAAUGAAUGAACAGCUUUGUUUAAUGAAUGGUUAAACCAGGCAGAACUUCAGACAGGAUGACAGAAAUAACUCGCCUCCCACUGUCUCAUAAAACAGCCCAUGAGAGCAAAUAUUAAAACACACACACACACACACCAAACUAUUUAUCUUUGUGGCGCUGGGAAUUAAAGCUACAGGCGAUUACCUCUGCAUGUUUACAGUAAAGGGCAACUUGACUGAAACGUCAACAAAUAAAUGUGCAGAGGCAAGCUGUUUGCAGGAGUACGUUUCCUCAUUGAUGUAACAGACAGCCCAUAUAAGGGGUAGCCAAUCGUCUGUGAGUGUCCAGCACAUACACAUUGCAUUCUAAUUCUAUGGUCCAGCACACUUCUCCUUAUUCCAGGUCAUAACAUUCAUUACAGAACAUGUCUUUCCUUGAGAGAAUUCCCCUUCCCUACUGCAUGGUAUAGUACAAUAGCCAUCCUUAUUGGACAGAUACAUUUAUUCAUGGGCUUGUGCAUUCAUAGUCUGCAUAAUGCAGCAGUAACCCACUUUUUCAUUAAUUUUUUGCUCAUUAUAGGAUUAAUGAAAGGACUGUUUUGAUAAAUGAAUAUAGAGGCUAUAUUUGUGGGACACAUCCUAUGACUUCAUUCUGAUUCGGUGGUACAUUAGUCCUCUGGAUGUCAUAAUAGACUUAUUUAUUAAGUCAGUUUGUGUAAUGCGACCUCGCUCCAUUACCGGAACAACUCAUCAUAAGACAGAGCUGGAGAUAGCCUUUGGUUCUCCCACUACAUUACCUCUAUUGUACAGUAGAGUGCAGCUGUAAUGGACAAGCAUGCGGAACCUCAAUAGCGAUCGGAAAUUGCCAGGAUUCAACUUAUUCAAGAGGAAUAUAGUAAUGUGAACAUACUGUUAUACAGUGCAUAAUGGGGAAUGGAGAAUAAGUGCACGUGAACAUAACUAAGGGAGAUUCGACUCUUUCUGUAUGACAGAUUCAAUAUUAAUUCCUCCAAUAGCCAAGUCCAUGAGGACAGCAGGUCAGGUUGGUAAGCAGAGCUCUGGGUUACUACGACUACUGCAAGAGAACUAGCUGACCGGGCGGAGGCAGCAUCCAUGUCUUACUGCAGUAAUUGGCUUGUUGCAGAACGUUACUUCCGUAUUUACUAAAAGUGCUUCUCUCUUAGAAUUUUGCACGUCUUCGCCGGAAGUAAAUGAUUAAGUUUUCCGGUUUCGCUACAUCACGGUCGCCAUAGAGCACGGUUUCUCAAACUCGGUCCUCGGGAUCCCAAGGGGUGCACGUUUUGAUUUUAGCCCUAGCACUACACAGCUGAUUCAACUAAUCAUCAAGCUUUGAUCAUUUGAAUCAGUUGUGUACUGUAGUGUUAGGGCAAACACCAAAACAUGCACUCCUUGGGGUCCCGAGGACCGAGUUUGGGAAACGCUGCCAUAGAGCCUAUUGGAUGUGAACAGCCAUGCAAGCCCUCCAUGACUGUGACAAUAGAAUUCACUGCCAUAGAGUAGCGGUGAAAUAGGUAUGUAGGGUAAAAUGUGUGAGGCAAACCCAGUGGUGUAAAGUAAUUAAGUAAAAAUACUUUAAUGUACUACUUAAGUAGUUUUAUUUUUUGUACUUUACUAUUUACAUUUUUGACAACUUUUACUUUUACUUCACUACAUUUCUAAAGAAAAUAAUGUACUUUUUACUCCAUACAUUUUUCCUAAAGAUAUAUAUAUACUGUAUAUACAGUGGGGAAAAAAUUAUUUUGUCAGCCACCAAUUGUGCAAGUUCUCCCACUUAAAAAGAUGAGAGAGGCCUGUAAUUUUCAUCAUAGGUACACGUCAACUAUGACAGACAAAAUGAGAAAAAAAAAUCAUUGUAAUUGUAGGAUUUUUAAUGAAUUUAUUUGCAAAUUAUGGUGGAAAAUAAGUAUUUGGUCAAUAACAAAAGUUUCUCAAUACUUUGUUAUAUACCCUUUGUUGGCAAUGACACAGGUCAAACGUUUUCUGUAAGUCUUCACAAGGUUUUCACACACUGUUGCUGGUAUUUUGGCCCAUUCCUCCAUGCAGAUCUCCUCUAGAGCAGUGAUGUUUUGGGGCUGUCGCUGGGCAACACAGACUUUCAACUCCCUCCAAAGAUUUUCUAUGGGGUUGAGAUCUGGAGACUGGCUAGGCCACUCCAGGACCUUGAAAUGCUUCUUACGAAGCCACUCCUUCAUUGCCCGGGCGGUGUGUUUGGGAUCAUUGUCAUGCUGAAAGACCCAGCCACGUUUCAUCUUCAAUGCCCUUGUUGAUGGUAGGAGGUUUACACUCAAAAUCUCACGAUACAUGGCCCCAUUCAUUCUUUCCUUUGCACGGAUCAGUCGUCCUGGUCCCUUUGCAGAAAAACAGCCCCAAAGCAUGAUGUUUCUACCCCCAUGAUUCACAGUAGGUAUGGUGUUCUUUGGAUGCAACUCAGCAUUCUUUGUCCUCCAAACACGACGAGUUGAGUUUUUACCAAAAAGUUAUAUUUUGGUUUCAUCUGACCAUAUGACAUUCUCCCAAUCCUCUUCUGGAUCAUCCAAAUGCACUCUAGCAAACUUCAGACGGGCCUGGACAUGUACUGGCUUAAGCAGGGGGACACGUCUGGCACUGCAGGAUUUGAGUCCCUGGCGACGUAAUGUGUUACUGAUGGUAGGCUUUGUUACUUUGGUCCCAGGUCUCUGCAGGUCAUUCACUAGGUCCCCCCGUGUGGUUCUGGGAUUUUUGCUCACCGUUCUUGUGAUCAUUUUGACCCCACGGGGUGAGAUCUUGCGUGGAGCCCCAGAUCAAGGGAGAUUAUCAGUGGUCUUGUAUGUCUUCCAUUUCCUAAUAAUUGCUCCCACAGUUGAUUUCUUCAAACCAAGCUGCUUACCUAUUGCAGAUUCAGUCUUCCCAGCCUGGUGCAGGUCUACAAUUUUGUUUCUGGUGUCCUUUGACAGCUCUUUGGUCUUGGCCAUAGUGGAGUUUGGAGUGUGACUGUUUGAGGUUGUGGACAGGUGUCUUUUAUACUGAUAACAAGUUCAAACAGGUGCCAUUAAUACAGGUAAUGUGUGGAGGACAGAGGAGCCUCUUAAAGAAGAAGUUACAGGUCUGUGAGAGCCAGAAAUCUUGCUUGUUUGUACGUGACCAAAUACUUAUUUUCCACCAUAAUUUGCAAAUAAAUUCAUUAAAAAUCCUACAAGUUGAUUUAUGUAGAAUAAAAUCUCAUUGUCGGUCAUAGUUGGCCGUUACCUUGAGGAAAAUUACGCCUCUCUCUCCUUUUAAGUGGAGAACUUGCACAAUUGGUGGCUGACUAAAUCCUUUUUUCCCCCACUGUAUAUAUGGCAGAGAAAGGCCUAUAUAUCUUCUUCUCAGUGAAUAGGCUAAUCUAUUGAGUGGACCUUAAAGGGACAAACUGCCAAAUCGGUCUUGAUGAACUAAUCUAUACACCUUUACCCUGUCUGUCUUACACCUGAGAGCACUGAACAGAUUCAUUUAGCAAUCUGUCAAUUAUUCUGCUCCCUCAUUUUUAUUUUUAUUUUCUUUUGCGAAAAAGUAAUAAUUUAAACAGUAGGUGACGAGUUGUGGAGAUUUAUAUGGCAUUCAUAAUGCCCGUGAUCUUUCCAUUGAGAUCUGCUUUAGCGUUCUAUCUAUCUGUCUGUGUGUGAGUGAGGAGGAUUGCUCUCCCUCUCACAGAUCACUGCAAUGCAGGGCACCAGGGACCUGCCAAUCACUUUAGCAUGUAUUUCCUCAGCAGCACAUGUAGCCUGUCUGCAUGCAUGUCUGCUAUUUGCUCUGCUGGCUGCCUCAGCUUCCUGUUUUGGGCCUAUAUGAAGGUCGCUAGCGUGUCUGCCACUACAAAGAGAAGGAUGUUUUCCUUGUAGCUUUAUGAUGGAGGCACUGACAGUAGAUCACAUCGUGACAGUAGGUCCAUGGCAGUGAUGCUCUGAGUUUGUGAAAAGUGAUUGACGACAUACAUACAUUUUAUGGUUUCGAGGAUAUUAAAUCAAAUGGCAUCGUAGAUCAAAUUGACAAAUACAUUUCGAUGUUACCUUCUUUGACUAUGCAGGCCAUGAGUGGGAAUAAUAUCAGAACUAUAAGGCUAGCUAGAAUUAACCAAUAAGGCCUGAGGGGGUGUGGUAUAUGGCCAAUAUACCAUGGCCAAGGGCUGUUCUUAUGCACGAUGCAACACGGAGUGCCUGGAUACAGCCCUUAGCCGUGGUAUAUUGGCCAUAUACCACAAACCCCCGAGGUGCCUUAUUACUAUUACAAACUGAUUACCAACGUAAUAGAGCAGUAAAUAGCCAUUUUUGGUCAUACCCAUGGUAAACAGUCUGAUAUACCACGGCUUUCAGCCAAUCAGCAUUCAGGUGUUGAACCACCCGGUUUAUAAUCUCUUUUAGAUCACAUUCACCAUUUCCAUAAACAUAUUUUAUAUUGUAAAAAUCUAAUAUAUUAAGUCAAUAAAUAACUUCAUGUUCUGGCCGUCUGUUGUGGUGCUAGGUUAAAUACUAAGGAGGAUGGAUGCACGCUAUGGAAAGGUGCUUGUCUUAGCUAUUUGCAAAAGGGUGGUGAAGUCCAUCUACACUGGUUUCUAAUGGAGGCAGCUAGGCAGUUUAAGAUGAUAUGAACCCAGGUGUAACGUUAAAUUGUUUGAAAUACUGUGUGCGUGCAGAGAUCCUUAUUUUCAAUCUAGUGAUGCUGAAAAGGAUCAGACAGUGUAAUUGCACGAGGUUAAAACUGUUGAAUGAGAGCAUACUUUUAGCUUACAAUAGCACCGCUCAGAACAUUAACGUUACAGCCAUGUUUUACAGUGGUAGAUAUGAAGGGGGAAAAAGCUUCCGAAUUAAUUGAACACCCCCACCUCUCUAUCAUGGUUUAAACCAUUUAUUUAUACGUGGCUGCACAAACCAUCUCCCUGUCCAUGAAUGGUAUACAUUCUAUAGGGUGCUGAAUUUCGGCCUCAGCUGAGUUACCUUAAACGGAUAGAUUUGACUUUGUACGUCCUCAUGUUCGCCAUUUGUUUGCAAUGCAUCCUUGAUUUAAAAAAGUGCCUUUAUUCCAGUGCAUUAGAUGUAUUCGUUGGUUUAUCGUUGUUUGCAUUUGUCAGUCAGCUGUGUAGAGCUCUCAUCGUUUUAUUUUUCAGGUGCGUGCUUGGUAUUCUCCAUGCUUUCUGUCGCCACAAGAAGUAGACCAUUUAUUUAGCUUUAUUAUUUUUCUAUCCAUAUUUGUUUUCUUUCCUGGAUCAGCUGAUGAUCGACAAUAUCACUAGACACCUAGCCUACAGGUAGACACCAAUGCACAUCCAAUCCAUCCAACAAGUAGGCUGGAUUAACCAUAAAAUAAGUUAACGACAGUAGGCCUAUAUUGACUAUAGUUGACUCUUUCGUUAGAAGCAUUCCAUUUUGCAAUGGCAUAGGCCUACAUUAUUUUGGAUUUGUGUGCCCAUGAGAACUGUUUUCACAGCAAAACAUAAUGACAUUCUGUGUAGGCAUGGUUACACUUACAUUGCAUUUUCUGAGAGAUCCAGCAUUCCUACAGAGUUUAGUUAAGUUCAUUGUUCUAAUUAAAUUGUUAAAUGCUUCACUUGACAAAUGAUAUGGCCAUAAAUGUCAUUAAUGUAAGGAAAUAAAGGUAGUGUUUUAUGACACACAAUCUGUGAAGACUAAAAGCAUAUUUUAUUGUUUACAAUAAUUUACAAUUCAUUGUCUCUGUUUCUAAAUGGUGAUUGUGUGAUGACAGGAUAAAACUGCUAACCUUGUGAUAUCAUAAUGGAGCUUUCAUUACAACUGGGAACUCGGUAAAAUCAUUACGUCAGUGAUCUUCAUGUCGGGAAGUUGGAGUUCUAGAAAGAUGGCCAAGUUUCCGACUUUACCCAGUCUGAGCUUUUUUUCCCCCCAGUUGUCUUGAACACACUGAACUCUGAGAUUUCUGUGUUCCCAGUUGUCUUGAACGCACUGAACUCUGAGAUUUCUGUGUUCCCAGUUGUCUUGAACGCACUGAACUCUGAGAUUUCUGUGUUCCCAGUUGUCUUGAACGCACUGAACUCUGAGAUGUCUGUGUUCCCAGUUGUCUUGAACGAACUGAACUCUGAGAUUUCUGUGUUCCCAGUUGUUUUGAAUGUGGCAUCAGCAGCUUUAUCUGAAGCCUGUGUGUGUUCAUGUGUGUAACAUUGCCUCGGCUGAGAGGGUAGGCUACCGGCAGUGGUGAAGGCCCACCUUUUUCUGAAAAUGCAUUGAAAGUAAAGGGAGCGUAACUUUUUUACCCACCAUUUUCUUUUUUACCACACUAGGCUACAUCACUGGCUACCGGUAGGCCUAUUUAAAGUCCAUGAUAAUACACAUUGUAAUUUGGCCAUGUGUGUUAGGGUGACCAUUCAGUUUUUCCUGGGACAGUUUCAACCCCAUUUCACGUGUCAUGACUUUUCAGGAUACAAAAAGGUCAAUUUGUCAGCAAGACGCAUCAAUUAAUGUAGGCCUAAUCAAUGGCAAUCGCCGAAUGUCAUUAAGCCCACUUUUUGGUGUUUAGUUUAUUAAUAAACAGUUGUUUAUUUCCAUUAAUUUCAAUGCUGGAAUUAUUUUGGAGUGGACAAACAUACACCGGUAGCCUACUUUUUGAAGGGAUUUCAUUUUUACCGUCAAAUGACGUCUUCACUAUUAGGCCCAUAAAAGAAAAAUGGUGCACGCGUGCAAUCACAGUGUAAUUAGCGCUCUCCUCAGAGUGAAGAACUAAUGAGUACUGUAUGUGGCCCAUUAUUUCAGAAUGCGUUUCCUCUGCUAUGGUUGACUCUCAGCCAACACCUCCAAUUAAUUCAAUAGAUGAUCAUUUGUUCAACUCUCGUGGACUUUUGCCUGUAGCUAUUUUACUGUAUAGUAAAAAACGACAUCUCUUCACCAUCGUAGUCAAAGAGAAAUACAGUCAUUACUUUUAACAAAUGAGACAGAACAUUACUAACGUCUCCAUGUUAUUGAUUUAGGAUAGGAUGAUCAUGUCUUGUCCACUGCCCAUGCAGUGCAGGUUCCCAAUUAUUCACAUCAUCCAUUAUAUGACAUUUCCCUUUGUUUUGCUAUGAUUUACUAUGGAUUAUUGUGAGUUUGUAGAGGGGCAGUGGGGGUGACUGAAUGUGUGUGAAAUUUUAAUUGUGUUAUGAUUCUAGAAUUGCCUAAAUGUAUGUAGGAACACGCACACACAUCCUGGAGAAUGUGUCUUCCCUUUUGGGAGGCUUUAGAGCAGGGAUGUCCAAACUCAUUCCAUGGAGGGCCUAGUGUCUGCCGGUUUUUGGGAAACCCUGUUAUAGAGGUUGGAGUUUCCACAGAAUGUCAGAUGAAUCCCCUUGGUGGCCACUCCCAGUCAUCAGUGUUUCACAGUUAGGGCUGCACCAUGUCAGGAUCCAAUAGAGGGAUGUUCCACAGUUAGGGCUGUAUGUACCAUGUCAGGAUAAUGUUAUAAUAAUAAUAAUAUAUGCCAUUUAGCAGACACUUUUAUACAAAGCAACUUACAGUCAUGCCUGCAUCCAUUUUAAGUAUGGGUGGAAUCAAACCCACCACCCUGACGAUACAAGUGCCAAGCUCCACCAACUGCGCUACAAAGGACCACUAUGCAGUAGAUGGGUGUCUCACAGUUAGGGUUGUACCAUGUCAGGAUCCAAUAGAGGGGUGUGUCACAGUUAGGGCUGUACCAUGUCAGGAUCCAAUAGAGGGGUGUCUCACAGUUAGGGUUGUACCAUGUCAGGAUCCAAUAAAGGGGUGUGUCACAGUUAGGGCUGUACCAUGUCAGGAUCCAAUAGAGGGGUGUCUCACAGUUAGGGUUGUACCAUGUCAGGAUCCAAUAGAGGGGUGUGUCACAGUUAGGGUUGUACUAUGUCAGGAUCCAAUAGAGGGGUGUUUCACAGUUAGGGUUGUACCAUGUCAGGAUCCUGUAGAGGGGGUAGAGCAGCAUUGCCAUGGCGAGAGAGCCCAGGAAGUCAUAUUUGUCUGCCUAAUGAUGUGAAUGCAGCAUGGAUGCUUUUCAUCAUCAAAACACCUGUCACCACACAACAGUGUGUUCAUACUGGAAUACAAAAGGGUUAUAGGCCUAUUUUUUGGUAAAAGGCAAUGCUUUUAAAACCCUCUAAGGUUGAUAUAAUUAGCAUAGUAAAACAUCGCCAUACAAAUCUGUCAGUUUAAACUAGAUCUAUUUUUUUUUGCAUUGGAUGCAUCUCAAUCCACCGCAUCCGCCGAUGUCGCACUUCCACAUCUGCGGUGAAAGGUGGCAGAGCUAUUAUGACCCUUCUAUGGAACGAUGAGACUAUGACGAACACAAUGGUUGCUCUACAACCUCCAAAAGGGUCAGGAGACUCUUCUGAAGUCGAUACAGCCAAUCUGCCAACUUCUGUCUGUAGCGUUUGUUUUGUUCUAGGACGCCCACAGGCCUCACAAGACUCGUCUGAAGGUCCCCCGGUACCAUGUGAAAAAAUGAAUGGAAGAAUAUAUGGAGACUGUUUAAUGCCCAAAAUAUGGGGUUAAAUACAUCUCAGAUAUAGGAGAGACACUUAAGAACAAACUCCCUUUUGAUAUUUUUUGGGGACUAUCUGUUGUUCCAUGUAGUGAAUAUGUUAUUCAAUGCAUUUGUAUGGGCUAAUAGCAGUAAGGCCCAAAAUAUAUUUUCAUCAAAUACUUUUUUUUAUGUUUGCUUUUUUAUACUUCAAGGGGUCUUAAAAUUCUAAAUCAAAUAGCUAAAUGAUCCUUGGUAUGACCUUCUUAAAACAAUUCCAUAUAGCUUAGUAGAACCCCACCCUUCCCCCGGCUAAGACAGGGCUUAGACUCUGAUGGGUUAUGCUUUGAAUGAGUGCCAUUUAUUCAGUACAGUCUAAUUCAAUCUUUGGGAAAGCUAUGUUUAAUAUAUUCAUUAACUGGAACUCAAAUAUUUGGGAUAUCUCAAGGUAUAAAGACACAACAGUUUGACAGUGAUACAUGGGAUGUGUGAAUUCAUUUUGUAUCUGACCAUAGUGACUGGUGUGAUGUCCCCACAGACCCAGAGUCUCAGAGGAAACGCACGGUGCAGAACGUCCUUGACCUCAGACAGAACCUGGAAGAUACUAUGUCCAGUCUACGGGGAGCCCAGCUCAGCCAUGGGUGAGUCCAUUACCAUACACUAAAUUAAUAGAUUAUAGUUAAGCAGUAAGGCUGAGGGGGUGUGGUAUAUGGCCAAUAUACCAUGGCUAAGGGCUGUUCUUAGGCACGACGCAAACGUGGAGUGCCUGGAUACAGCCCUUAGUCGUGGCAUAUUGGCAAUAUACCACAAACCCCAGAGGUGCCUUAUGGCUAUUAUAAACUGGUUACCAAGGUAAAAAUACAUGGUUUGUCAUACCUGUGGUAUACGGUCUGAUAUACAGCGGCUUUCAGCCAAUCAACAUUCAGGGCUCCAACCAAAUACUGGGGUGUUUCUGAUGUCAUGUACUGGUGUGAGUGGGGCAUAAUGUUAAAAAGCAUUAUCUUUCCUUUAAAGUUCCAUCUGCACAAACAUUACUUCCCACCCACACAUUACCUGUCAGUCAGCUGUAUAUAUGGUUACCUGUCAGUCAGCUGUGGUCCUCUGUAGCUCAGCUGGUAGAGCACGGUGCUUGUAACGCCAAGGUAGUGGGUUCGAUCCCCGGGACCACCCAUACACAAAAAAUGUAUGCACGCAUGACUGUAAGUCGCUUUGGAUAAAAGCGUCUGCUAAAUGGCAUAUUAUUAUUAUUAUUAUUAUUAUUAUUAUUAUUAUAUAAUAGUUUAAUUGAUCACAAGUAAAUAUGUGUGUAAACUUAGAAGAAAGCUGUGGAUUUGUUUGAGACAUGUAAUAUACUCAUACAUACGAAACACAAUGAACAGAUUGAUGGAGUACAAACACAAUCAAUGUUUACACUCAAUGGUAACUCUCAUCCUCUGUCGUCUUGGCAACCUGCCACCUGGUAAACAUGUGAUGUCAAUCCCUCUCAAACAGACUUUCUUUUUCAAGACCAUGUUCGGUAUGUGUUUCAGACUGUCUCUAUCACGAUGAGACACAAACAAUAACAAAAAACACCAGAGCUUAUCCCCACAGGAUACUGAAGAAACUGGCAGAAACCGAAACAUUCGUUAACAAAAAGUAAUUCUGCAUUCAAAGCUUGUAUGCCUGCCAUUUUGGCUGCUACUUAUCCCCAGCUCAACAGUAUGUGCUCUGCCUACCAAUCUUCCUGUUGCCUUUAGCUCUCUCUGUGAGGUGUGUACUGUAGAUGUCCUCUGGGAUUCCAUUCCAGACAUGUGCUCUGAAUUUCCAUAGCCCUGGCCUCUGGAGACUGACAGACGGCUCAGUAACUUUAAACAAAAACUUUGACCUUGGCCACCGAACCUUUAGAGCACUGAUCAAAAUCUACUGUAGGUAACAUCCACAUUCAGUGCUACUAGUAAAUCCUCCUCUUCUAAUGACUUUACUAGUUCAGCUCCCUGUCAUAACUCCUGAACAUAUACCUUAUUGUAUGGAAUCGUUCGAUGUGCAUCAAUACGUUAUAACUAUCUUAAUUUAAGUUAAACUACAUUUCAAAACUCUCAAGGAAAUAGCGUGUUACUGUGAGAUAAUGUAUCAUUCCACUGAAGCAUUCUGAGAGUCGGGCUUUAUUCCUGACCCAGUAACAUUUAAAGACAUGCUCUGGAACUUUGGCGACUACUAAGUAUUUUUUAAACCUCCAGCUUUGGGCUGGAUGUGUCAAUGUGUAGUUCAUACAUGCAUAAUCUAUGAGCAGAAUGACUGUCUUACCUAAAUUAGCCACGAAAUCCCUAGUUUGAAAGCCAUUGUUUUUCUGGAAACUGUGCUGCGCCAUUUUCCCUACAUUUUCCCCCAUGUGGGCCAGCCCCCUAACAAUUUCAGUUCUAGUCAAUGAGCUUCAUCCCCUCGCCAUUUAAGUGACAGCUAGCAAGAUGCACAAACAGCAGAGCGAGAGAGAGAGAGAGAGAGAGAGUAUCGUGUCCCGUCGGCUGUUGGUGGCUAUUGCUGUCAAACAAAGAGUCCGCUUAGGCUGCACCUUGAUUAGAAGCUUUUAUUAAUAUCACAAGUUUACAGCAUAAGUUACAGACCCGCGGUGUCUGGAGAAGCACCGUCCCAAAUUAAUCUGAAUGCCUCUGCCCGCUCUUUGUCUAGGUCCUACUUAUAAACAAUGGCAAUAAAUGGGUUGCUCCCUUUUUCGUCCAAUCACCUAUCCCCCCUGGGGCAUCACCCUCCAACUGCUACAUUUGAACUAAGAUAAACAACAUUCCAUAAUCCUAAUACACGACAAGAGCAAUGACAUGCUGCACAUAUCUGCACAUAAUGUGACGUAGAUUGCAAUUUUCGGGGACCACUUUUGGCAAGUGGGCACUACUUUCAGAACUACUAGCUAAAAAGUAUACCAAUGUACCGGAGUCGAAUGAUGCACCGGAGCGUCAAUCUAAGUUACAUAACAAAAAACUAAACAUACAAAUAUGUCAGUUUGAGCUAGAUAUAAAUGGAUAGCAUAGGAUGCAUCUCAAUCUACUGCAUCCGCCAGUGUCUCACUUCUGCAUCUGCGGUGAAAGGUGGCAGAGCUAGAGCGGUGUUUGUCAGACCAUGAGACAUCCCGAAAAUCGGUCUUCUCACGAAAACGUUCGUAGUGUCCGAACGGUUUGACCUACAGUGCCUUGCAAAAGUAUUCAUCCCCCUUGGCGUUUUUCCUAUUUUGUUGCAUUACAACCUAUAAUUUAAAUUUGAUUUUUAUUUGGAUUUCAUGUAAUGGACAUACACAAAAUAGUCCAAAUUGGUGAAGUGAAAUGAAAGAAAUUCUAAAAAAUAAAUAACGGAAAAGUGGUGUGUGCAUAUGUAUACACCCCCUUUGCUAUGAAGCCCCUAAAUAAGAUCUGGUGCAACCAAUUACCUUCAGAAGUCACAUAAUUAGUUAGAUUGCACACUGGUGGACUUUAUUUAAGUGUCACCUGAUCUGUCACAUGAUCUCAGUUUAUAUACACCUGUUCUGAAAGGCCCAAUAGUCUGCAACACCACUAAGCAAGGGGCACCACCAAGCAAGCAGCACCAUGAAGACCAAGGAGCCCUCCAAACAGGUCAGGGACAAAGUUGUGGAGAAGUACAGAUCAGGUUUGGUUUAUAAAAAAAUAUCUGAAACUUUGAACAUCCCACGGAGCACCAUUUAAAUCCAUUUAAAAAAAAGAAUAUGGCACCACAACAAACCUGCCAAGAGAGGGCAGUACACCAAAACUCACGGACCAGGCAAGGAGGGCAUUAAUCAGAGAGGCAACAAAGAUACCAAAGAUAACCCUGAAGGAGCUGCAAAGCUCCACAGCGGAGAUUGGAGUAUCUGUCCAUAGGACCACUUUAAGCCGUACACUCCACAUAGCUGGGCUUUACGAAAGAGUGGCCAGAAAAAAGCCAUUGCUUAAAGAAAAAAAUAAGCAAACACGUUUGGUGUUCACCAAAAGCUAUGUGGAAGACUCCCCAAACAUAUGGAAGAAGGUAAAAUUGAGCUUUUUUGCCAUCAAGGAAAACGCUAUGUCUGGCGCAAACCCAACACCUCAUAACCCCAAAAACACCAUCCCCACAGUGAAGCAUGAUGGUGGCAGCAUCAUGCUAAAUACAGGGAAAUUCUUGAGGGAAACCUGUUUCAGUCUUCCAGAGAUUUGAGACUGGGACAGAGGUUCACCUUCCAGCAGGACAAUGACCCUAAGCAUACUGCUAAAGCAACACUCAAGUGGUUUAAGGGGAAACAUUUAAAUGUCUUGGAAUGGCCUAGUCAAAUGCCAGACCUAAAUCCAAUUGAGAAUCUGUGUUAUGACUUAAAGAUUGCUGUACACCAGCAGAACCCAUCCAACUUGAAUGAGCUGGAGCUGUUUUCCCUUGAAGAAUGGGCAAAAAUCCCAGUGCCAAGUUUAUAGAGACAUACCCCAAGAGACUUGCAGCUGUAAUUGCUGCAAAAAGUGGCUCUACAAAGUAUUGACUUUGGGGGGGUGAAUAGAUAUGCACGCUCAAGUUUUCUGUUUUUUUUGUCUUAUUUCUUGUUUGUUUCACAAUAAAAAAAUAUUUUGCAUCUUCAAAGUGGUAGGCAUGUUGUGUAAAUCAAAUGAUACAAACCCCCCAAAAAUCAAUUAAAAAUCCAGGUUGUAAGGCAACAAAAUAGGAAAAAUGCCAAGGGGGUGAAUGCUUUCGCAAGCCACUGUACAAAGUAUUAUGUAAUGGGAAGACUCAUGAACACGAUGACAUUCUCCGUUUUGCUCUACGACCCCCACAAGUGUCCGGAGACUCGUAUGAAGUCGGUACCGUCGAUGUGCCAACUUCUGUUUGGUAGCGUCCGAACCGUUUGGGCUAGAAAGUGUUAUGGAAAGGGGAGAUUCUCACGAACACUAUGCUGUCCUCCGUUUUCCUCUACGACCUCCACAAGUGUUAGGAGACUUGUCUGAAGGUAACUGGUACCGGUUUUUAAAAAACGAGUGGAAGUAUGAAUGUAGUUUUGUGUCUACCCCCCCAAAAAAGGGGUUAAAUAUGUGUAAAAAAAUAAAUAAAAUAAAAUGCCUCCUAGAUUUAGGACAAACACUUCAAAACCUUGUUUCUUAUGAUUCUUUGUUUAACUUUUUGCAGUUUCUGAAUGUUACUCAAUGCAUUUCUAUGGGCUUAGUAGUAAUAUUUUUGGGGGAUACCUAAAGGGGUCCUACAAAUCGAAUAGCUAAAUGAUCCAUAGUAUGACCAUCUUAAAAUAAUUCCAUACAGUGCAUUCGGAAAGUAUUCAGACCCCUUGACUUUUUCCACAUUUUGUUACGUUACAGCCUUAUUCUAAAAUUGAUUAAAUCUACACACAAUACCCCAUAAUGACAAAGCAAAAACCGGUUUUUUAGAAAUGUUUGCAAAUGUAUUAAGAAUAAAAAACGGAAAUAUCACAUUUAAGUAAGUAUUCAGACCCUUUACUCAGCACUUUGUUGAAGCACCUUUGGCAGCGAUUACAGCCUCAAGUCUUCUUGGGUAUGACGCUACAAGCUUGUAUUUGGGGAGUUUCUCCCGUUCUUCUCUGCAGAUCCCCUCAAGCUCUGUCAGGUUGGAUGGGGAGCGUCGCUGCACAGCUAUUUUCAGGUCUCUCCAGAGAUGUUAGAUCGGGUUCAAGUCUCUGCUCUGGCUGGACCACUCAAGGACAUUCAGAGACUUGUCCCGAAGCCACUCCUGCGUUGUCUUGGCUGUGUGCUUAGGGUCGUUGUCCUGUUGGAAGGUGAACCUUCACUUCAAUCUGAGACCCUGAGCGCUCUGGAGCAGGUUGCCAUCAAGGAUCUCUCUGUACACUGCUUCGUUCAUCUUUCCCUCAAUCCUGACUAGUCUCCCAGUCCCUGCCACUGAAAAUCAUCCCCACAGCAUGAUGCUGCCACCACCGUGCUUCACCUUGGUUUCAUCAGACCAGAGAAUCUUGUUUCUCAUGGUCUGAGUCCUUUAGGUGCCUUUUGGCAACUCCAAGUGGGCUGUCGUGCCUUUUACUGAGGAGUGGCUUCUGUCUGGCCGCUCUACAAUAAAGGCCUGAUUGGUGGAGUGCUGCAGAGAUGGUUGUCCUUCUGGAAAGUUCUCCCAUCUCCACAGAGGAACUCUGGAGUUCUGUCAGAGUGACCAUUGGGCUCUUGGUCACCUCCCUGACCAAGGCCCUUCUCCCCUGAUUGCUCAGUUUGGCCGUGCGGCCAGCUCUAGGAAGAGUCUUGGUGGUUCCAAACUUCAUCCAUUUAAGAAUGAUGGAGGCCACUGUGUUCUUGGGGACCUUCAAUGCUGCAGAAAUGUUUUGAUACCCUUCCCCAGAUCUGUGCCUCAACACAAUCCGGUCUCGGAGCUCUACAGACAAUUCCUUCGACCUCAUGGCUUGGUUUUUGCUCUGACGUGCACUGUCAACUGUGGGACCUUAUAUACAUUUACAUUUACAUUUUAGUCAUUUAGACAGGUGUGCCUUUCCAAAUCAUGUCCAAUCUAUUGAAUUUACCACAUGUGGACUCCAAUCAAGUUGUAGAAACAUCUCAAGGAUGAUCACUGGAAACAGAAUGCACCUGAGCUCAAUUUCGAGUCUCAUAGCAAAUGGUUUUUAACACUUAUGUAAAUAACGUAUUUUGCAACCAUUUCUAAAAACCUGUUUUCACUUUGUCAUUAUGGGUCAUUGUGUGUAGAUUGAAGAUUUAUAAAAAAUGUAAUCCAUUUUAGAAUAAGGCUGUGACGUAACAGAAUGUGGAAAAAGUCAAGCGGUCUGAAUACUUUCCGAAUGCGCUGUAUUUCAGCUUAGACUCUAAAGAAUUAACAGUCCCUAUUGAUGAAUUAUCCAUCUACGGAAAUACAGAAAUAGCAGGAGGAAAAAACACCCACAUAGUCUCAGGCAGUCAUUGCAUUAUUCAUCUGGGCUGGUUGGUGCAUAUGGUUAUUUAAUGGCCAGACUCUCGUCACCAUCGGGAGGCCAAUGCAAAACCUGACCCACUUAGAGAACAGACUAAAACUACUCUCUAAUCUAGACUAGAAAUACUAUCUAAUCUAAACUAGAACUACUCUCUAAUCUAGACCAGAACUACUCUCUAAUCUAGACUAGAACUACUCUCUAAUCUAGACUAGAACUACUCUCUAAUCUAGACUAGAACUACUCUCUAAUCUAAACUAGAACUACUCUCUAAUCUAGACUAGAACUACUCUCUAAUCUAGACUAGAACUACUCUCUAAUCUAGACUAGAACUACUCACUAAUCUAGACUAGAACUACUCUCUAAUCUAAACUAGAACUACUCUCUAAUGUAAACUAGAACUACUCUCUAAUCUAGACUAGAACCACUCUCUAAUCUAAACUAGAACUACUCUCUAAUCUAAACUAGAACUACUCUCUAAUCUAGACUAGAACUACUCUCUAAUGUAAACUAGAACUACUCUCUAAUCUAGACUAGAACUACUCUCUAAUCUAAACUAGAACUACUCUCUAAUCUAAACUAGAACUACUCUCUAAUCUAGACUAGAACUACUCUCUAAUCUAAACUAGAACUACUCUCUAAUCUAAACUAGAACUACUCUCUACUCUAGACUAGAACUACUCUCUAAUCUAAACUAGAACUAUUUUCUAAUCUAGACUAGAACUACUCUCUAAUCUAGACUAGAACUACUCUCUAAUCUAGACUAGAACUACUCUCUAAUCUAGACUAGAACUACUCUCUAAUCUAGACUAUAACUACUCUCUAGUCUAAACUAGAACUACUCUCUAAUCUAGACUAGAACUACUCUCUAAUCUAGAUUAUAACUACUCUCUAUUCUGAGGUCUCUCUACAUGUCCACAUUGGCUCACCUUUCACUAGCUGACACUGGUCCAACAUUUUCUCUCGUCUGAUCAUGUAGUCAAGAAAAAGUCCUGGCCAGCCUGAGCAAUCAUACAAUUUUUCAGUUGGGGUGUGUGAUUAUGUACAGAUUGCCUUAGGUCUGUAAAUCCCAGCUGGUAAUGAUGUUGUGAACAUAUUGUUGAGGGUUAUGAAUGAUCCUGUCAAAGGGAGAGAGGGAAGAAACUAAAGACUCUUCUCAGUUCACACAAUUAUGCUAUAUCCUUACACUGUUGCUAGUGACUUGCCCCUGAGUUCUGAGAUGUCACACAUCUUUGCUGUAGUGGCUGAAGUCUGAGAGUGAAUGUUACAGUCAUAUCUAGGUCAGCAGAGACUCUAUGGCUGGAUAGAUUCCUUUAAAGGCCGACUGACAGAGAGGGAAAAAUAUAGAGGAAAUAGCUUUUCUCUCUCUAGAAUUCUUUCUCUCUAUAAUAAUAAUAUCAUAGUCACUCACUCUACAUUUCCCCUCCCUUUCUGUCCUCUCUCAUCCAUUCCAUUUCUACAAUACUAUAACCUCUCCCUCGCCUUCUCUCCCCAGCUGUCUGGACAGCAGUACUGUUUGCUACGACAGUGAUGAGACUAAUGGCCGCAGCAUGUCCAGUCAGUCCAACCGCUCCUCUCCUCUCUCCUGGCGCCACGGCCAGUCCAGCCCCCGGAUGCAGGCUGGAGAUGCUCCUUCUUCCACGGGCAGCGGCGUGUAUCAGGGGGGCAAGGCUGGGUCCCAGUACACGGCCCACACCAUGCCCGCCCGAGUCUCCAGCCGUCUCAGCCACUCCUCCCGAAUGGCGCUCAUCGAAGGGCUGGACGUGGAUGAUGCGGACCUCAAGUCUGGUUACCUGAGUGAUAGCGACCUGCUGGGAAAGAGCAUGCCAGAGGAUGACGACGACAACCUGGCCAAUGGGUAAGGGUCUAUACCAGGGGUGUCAACUCAUUCCAUAGAGGGCAGAGAUUCUGAUGUUGUUUUUGUUAUUUCCUUUCAAUUUGUGUCCAAUUAAGACCUAGACAACCAGGUGAGGGGAGUCCCUAACUUAAUUGAUCAAUGAAAUACUUGGACCUCCAUGGAAUGAGUUCCACACCUGUGGUCUGUUCUGUUUCUAACUGGGGGUUCUCCUACUCUGGUUGUGGUGGGGGGAUUAUCCUACUCUGGUCAUGGUGGGGGGAUUCUCCUACUCUGGGGGGUGGGUUUCCUACUCUGGUCGUGGGGAGCUACUGGGUGUUUGUGAAGGCUUUGGAUCCAGUUCUGCAGUAACACUUGCUUUGCAUCCUACUGUUAAAUUAUCUUUGAUAUAGUCCUUGUGAAUACUACGGAUAGUUGUGAUCACUUGUUCUUUGGACCAAAUCGGUCCUACAACAUACAGUAUGUCAUAAAGCAAUUAUCAAUCAAGCAUACAUUUGGAUGAGACACUUUUUUUGUGGGUAAAAAAUUGCUUUGAGUUGGCACUUGUGCUUGGUGUAGCCCUCUUGUAGUGCUGUCCUCAGCAGUCUGUCUAGUGUAACUCUUGUUGGUGGUCCUCUGUAGCUCAAUUGGUAGAGCACGGCGCUUGUAAUGCCAGGGUAGUGGGUUCGAUCCCCGGGACCACCCAUACGUAAAAAUGUAUGCACACAUGACUGUAAGUCGCUUUGGAUAAAAGCAUCUGCUAAAUGGCUUAUUAUUAUUGUUCCUGGAUGGGUCUGUCAGGGCUUCAUGGGUCUGUUAGGGCUUGAUGGGUCUGUUAGGGCUUCAUGGAUCUGCCAGGGCUUCAUGGGUCUGUUAGGGCUUCAUGGAUCUGUCAGGGCUUCAUGCAGCAACCAUCUCAGGCUGAUUCUGCUGAGACGAAUCUGAAUUUUGUUAACCUUUCUGCUGAGUAGAGAGCACCCUGACAAUAAAGUCCUGCAGCAUUCCUUUAGUGUAGCUGUGAUGAGUAUCGACUUGCAUGUGAAUCAUCAGCUAUUAUUCUCAGAGUAGUUAUCUGGUAUUACUAAUGUGGAUCCCCCUCUGGCUGAAACUCAUUGUUCUGUGAAAUAUAUUGUGGUUGUGUUUGUUUUUGGGUGGAUAUGGCAACUAGUGAAUAAACACAUGUGCAAACAGAAGUUUUAAAAAAAUAGUCUAGAAUCCAGAGUAUUUCCAAAGUCGCAGCUUCACUAUUUCAUCUCUGUUCCUAGCCAUUCCAAGAACUAGGGAAAUUAUGUGCUGAAACCAGACAUUUUGUCUGACCCAUUUUUUUACGGAAUCUUCCAUUUUGUAGCGAUAGAAAACCAAGAUGGCCGACUGGCAGGAAAACCAGAGCUGGAUCUCUAAAUGGGUCUAAAUGAGUGCAGAUCACGUCUGAGUUGUGCAGUAAUGACAUUCAUUACAUGCCUCCUGCUGAGCUGGCCGUGUCACAAACAGCUGUGGCCAUUCAUUCAUUCACACCCACAUCUCAGUGCAAAUACAGAGGAGGGUGUGACUGACACAAACACAUGCAGAGCCCCUCGAAUCACUGCCUGCCCCUCCACUAAAUGGGUUUUAGCAAGUCCCUUGGUGCUACCAAAAAACAUAAGCGAAAAGUACUGACAUACAAUAUCACAUUGGUUUAAAGUACUCCCCUACCUUUUUAACAGUCAUAACCCACUAACUUACUAAUACUAACUGCCCAUUAGUAACAGUAGCCUACCAAUCAAUGCCAUGGUACAGCAUCAGUCAGAUCCUAGGUCAAGGUGUCAGGGUGUGUCUGGGUGUGUCAAGGAGUGUCAGGUGUUCUGUCUGCCAGCUGCAGCAUUCCCUCCUUUAAUGCCUCAUUUAACACUUAAUUAACACUUAAUCUCUCUCUUUCUCGCUCUCUUUCAAACUCAAAACUAUCUCAUUCUCUCUCCCUCUCUUAGGAAUCUCCCUCUCAUUCUCCCCCCCCAUCCAUCUCUCUCUAACUCCUCAUUUCCUUGGUGUCACAUCCUCUCUUUAAUUCCCUCUCCCUAGUUGACAGUCAGUAAGCAGGGAGAGGAAAGGCUGAGAGUGGCUGAGGGAAUCCAGGCCAGUUCUCUGGUGUGA